AUAUUUUACACAUUUCUUUCCCGUUAUUUUAAAUAGAUUGAUGCCGUAAAUCUGAAUAUUAUUCUACUUGAAUUAUUGGUGAGACUUAGAGACAGUUUCAAAUACCGAGGCAGUUCACGCAGUCAUUCGUAACUCUUAAAAUCCGUACAUUUUGUAAACUUAUUUUACAAAAUUUUACAAAGUAAAGAGAAUCCCUCUAUUCAUCGAAUAAAAUUGGAUCGUUCACACCCCCUGACAAAUUUCUCUCGGAAAAUGGAAUCCCAACUAGAGGAACGAACCCCGCUAGAAAUCGCAUUAAAUAAUCCGACCAUUUUGAGCGAAAUAUUCAAACGGAUUCAUAGUGACAUUGAUACGGACACCUCCCCAUUGAAAACUGCCCGACUAGUUUGCCAAUUUUGGAACGACAUGGUCCUCUCCCUGGCCAAACUUGAGUUAGAACUGUCCAACUACGAGCACUACGGAGAACAGGACCCCUUUUCCUUCUUCGACUUUUGUUUCUCGGUAGAUCACCGACUCGCGAAACGGAUCCACGCCACGUCUGGUUACAUGGUGUCGGAGAGCGCCGGCCCCCGCGUGUACCACUUCGCCUGUAAGCUGACCCACGUGUGCGAUAAAUUCAGCGAAAUCAUGCGAAUUUUGACGAUUGAAAUUAUGUAUGAAGACUGUUUGAAAUAUGUCCAUCAAAUCUUGAAAAAUUGCUGUCCGAAUUUGAAAGAGUUAGAAUUGAAAUUUUUUCUUUCGACUCUCGAACGAACUUUGGACGAGCCUUUGCCACCAAAAGCAAAGUUGGAAUCGCUCAUAUUCCAUUGCGGGGUGCACACCGGGAUUCCUGCUCUCGUCAGUUUUAUUCAAGUCGUGGUCAACGCCUCGCCAAAUUUAAGGAAGGCAAAGUUUCCAGAGGACAUCUUUCCUGACUUAAAAAGUUGUAAAUUUCUCAACUCCUUAAAAAUCAAACUAACGAAAAGUGACCCAGCCGACAUCGCUCGUUGCGCACUAAUGCUUCGUCCGAUUUCAGGCCGACUGGUCAGCCUACGUUUUGGCAAAGCCUAUUCAUUAGGGCCUUCUGGGGAACCGGGAAAAUUCUGGUUACCGAAAAAUAUGCGCAAAUUGGAAACGUAUAAGGCUCCCAUGGUCGACGUUUUUCAGUGCGACGAACUCUUGUCACACUUUGAAAAAAUGCCCGCACUGAAAACCCUGGUGAUUAGACAGAUUCGACACGAAAAUGGCAGGUUUGCACGAGUUUUUGCAACCCGUUUUCGCCUCGGGGAAGAUUUGCGGAGGUGUGAAGAAUUUGACAAUUUUUGAGAUGCUUAAUCCCACGCUUUUGGAGGGGUUGAAAACCGCGUUUCCGAACGUGGUGAGGUUGAAGAUGGUCACACUCUUAGAAAUCCAUACUUUAUAUGACGUAAAAUAUAACUCGAUAUAACUUCCAAAGUGCCACUACCCCACUUAUAGCGAAUCGCUCUCUCUCGGCCACA